CUUAAUUCUCCUUUUCUUGGGAAAUUAAGACAUUAAGGCCUGCUCUUCUACCUUGAAGAAUUCAAUCCAUGGACAACACGAAUGAACUUUGAAGUGGAAUAUCAAGAGCUACAAGAAUCAACCUUUCAUCUUCUUCGAUUGGCCUCAUCAAUGGCGGCAUUGGUAACGGAGGCAAGCUUGGUGCGGAUGGUGAUGAAUGCAUUGCAAGGUGUGCAAUCAACAGUCAUUAGUAUUGAGGAGCUCUCAGCAUUACUAUGUGCAGAUCCAGCUGAUAGGUCUGGGCAUCGAAUUCCCACUCUUUGGAAUAGAUCUUUAAGCACUAGUGCCUUGGGAAAGAUGUUAAAAUCUAUUGGAUUUUGUGGUUCUCUUGUCAUUCUUUUGCAAACAUUUGUGGACUAUUAUACCAAUUCGAGUUUUGCUUUGAUGGAGGACGGGCAAGUAAAAGUUGGAUUAUCUGGGGAAAAUAUGCGUGAAAGUAAUUUUUCGGGGUGUCCUUCACAUAGCCUCAUUAAUCAAGCUUUUGCAGUUGCAGUUCGAACAGUGCUGGAGGGAUAUAUAUGUGCAUUGGAUACUAUAAAUGCAUCAGUCAAUUUGAGGCGUUCAUCAAAGGAUAUCACAUUGGCAUCCGAGGCUUUGCAACGAGGUAGCCUCACAAGCAUCGCACAUUCUGAAGUGACCCUAUUGGAGACUUAUCUGCACACGAAAGAAUUGAGAACUCAAAUUGAGGUGCUUGGGCAUCUUUGCCAUAUAAAUGAUAUAGCUCGUUUCUUCGCAGUAACUUCCUUUGAGGAUGUGAUUGCCCAAGCAACUGUAAAAUUCCACGAUUUUCCUAGGGGAGGGAAUUUGCUCACAUAUCUGUACUCGCAAUUGCAGGUAGUUGAUCCGGCUCACUGCAAUCUGCUCAAGUUCCUUUUUCUGCGGUCACUUGAGCCAUACUGUAGCUUUGUUAGAUCAUGGAUAUAUGAAGCCAAGAUUAGCGACCCAUAUGGGGAAUUUGUAGUAGAAUGUUCAGUAGAUCCUCCUCCAUACUCACUGGGUAAAGCUGGCAUCCCCAUUGACUUCCCACUGGCAUCUGUGAGGGAACAAGACGGAGUUGCUAUCCCUUGUUUUCUAAGAAAUGUCUUAGUUCCCCUGCUAAGAGCUGGCCAGCAACUGCAAAUGGUUAUGAAAUUGCUUCGCCUGUGCAAUUACGUUCAUGCUGGAGAUGACACUUUCGACGAUAUCCUUCCAUGCUCUAGUGACUUCCGCAUUAAUGCACUGUCUGGUUCUUCAUUAAGUUUUGAUAAAGGAGAGAUAGAAGCUAUAGUACUCUCAAGGCAGAAAUUUUACUGCAAGAUGCAUGAGAAACUUGAUAAAUUCAUGGACACUUUGGACAUCAAGUUUCGUCAGGUAGUUUUGUAUGAUGCUGCUGCACUUUCUACCAGUUAUUCAGGAGUAAACAUGGACACUCAGAAUUUUUCAACAAUUGAUGAGACACAGGAUUUAAUUUCAGAUGCAGAUAAAAGAGAGUUGAACCAGGAUUCAGAGGUCUCUAGCAUGGAGGAGGAUUUUGCUUAUGCACUGGAUCCCCUGGAGUCUUCUGAAUGUUCUUCAAGAGAUGGUUCAGAUGAGCAAGAUGAUGCUGCGGAAUCACUCGACCUUCAUGAUUGUUCGGCAAGGUCCAAACCUAAUUGUUUAUCUUCUUUGUGCUUCUCUAGCCUCUCAUCUGGAGAAGCUUCGCCGGAAGUUCCUCAAGCUAAGCUACAAUCCGCUGUGCAAAAUGAUGUCAUGGAUCCUUGCUGUGGGGACAUUAUCAUUGGGAAACACGAUGCUUCAUGCACAGAGCUAGUGGAGCUCUUGAGAUCUCAGGUAUCUGAUACUCAGUAUUCUAGUGAAACGACCUCUCUGGGAUGGUCUGUAGGAGCUCUUUAUGAGAAUCCUAUAAGCAUUGACACAGGGUACGGAGAGCACAUUAAUUUUGGAAAUAGUGGCAGUGAUGAGAAUGUGGGAAUGCCAAGUAUUACUGAGAAAUCUACACCUAAGACUGUAUUGAAGCAUGAUGUUUUCCAGAGGCAUGAAUAUCCUGCAUCAAGCUCAUAUCUUAUCCAAUCGUGGAAUGCCAAAUACUCGACCAAUAUUCUCAGUGUGAAUCCCAUGUUGACAAAAAAUGGUUUCCUUCAUGAUGUACACAAACCUAGAGUGCACUCUUUCAAAAUUAGCAAAGAUUUCCCUAGCUUUGACUUUUUGUCAACUGCCGACCCUUUUAAGAUUUAUGAAAGGUUAUCUGUUAACCAAAGGCUUGCAGAUGCACAUGAAGAUGUUCUCACUAAUAAUUUUGAAACUUCAGCUGCUAGCUAUAUGGAUGGCUAUGGAAGGAAACAGAAAUUAGAGGAUGUUCAAUCAGAUAAGAAUCAGUUGGACCAUUGUGGUGCUUCUUUGAACUUACAGAACCACAAAGAUGUUUGUUCGGAUCAUGUGUAUGGAGGGAGCAGUUGGCAAGUCUUGCUCCGUGGCUCUCUCAAAGGUGACAAUGGUAUUAAUAGGGAACAUGAGCAUGUCAAGGAGGCUAUGUUUGAGAUGCCGCUUGAUUUUAUCAUUGACAAAUGUUUGAUUCAGGAGAUUAUGUUCCAAUAUAUCUAUGUUAGCAGAUUGAGUAUCAAGUUGCUGCAAGAAGGUUUUGAUCUGCAUGAGCAUUUUCAUGCUCUGCGACGAUACCAUUUUAUGGAAAUAGCAGACUGGGCAGAUUUGUUUGUUACAUCUCUUUGGCAUCAUAGAUUGUAUUUUACGGAGGUUGAUCAAAAGAUUCCUGAAAUUCAAGGGCUACUUGAAUCAUCUAUUCAAAGGUCCUCAUGUGAGAGAGACCGCAAUAAGGAUCGGUUAUAUGUUUAUGUGAAAAACCCAAAUAAAACUCCUUUUUCAGCUACUGCACUGGGACUGCAUUCAUUUGAUUUUAUUGGGCUAGGCUACAGAGUGGAUUGGCCGGUUACGAUUGUGUUGAACCCUAGUGCGUUGAAAAUAUAUGCUGAUAUUUUCACAUAUCUCAUACAGCUAAAGCUUGCAGUUUUGUCUUUGGCUGAUGUGUGGUGUUCCCUGAAGGAUUUUAAGCUUCUAAUCAGCGAGACUAGUGAACAACAUCAGUUGGCAAGGACCAAUUUUAAUUGCAUUAUAAAAUUGAGGCACCGGGUUAAUCAUUUUGUAUCCACGUUGCAGCAAUAUGUGUUAUCACAGUUAUCGGAUGUAUCCUGGUGCAGAUAUUGCUUCUCCCUUAAGCAUAAGGUCAAAGAUAUGAUGGAUUUAGAAUCAGUUCAUAUGGCUUACCUGGAAGAUUCAUUGCACAGAUGCUUCCUUUCUGAUGAAACUCGGUCUAUAGCAAACAAUAUCGAGGCAAUUUUGCAAUGUGCUCUGGAUUUUCGAUCCUGCUUUGUCAAAGGAUUGGGAGACGUUGGAUCUGACAACCAGUGUACGAUUGACCGUAUGUUACAAAUCAAUAUGUCUCAGGUUCUUUCGAUAAAGAAAAAAUUGGACAAAAAUUUGAAAGAACUGCAUUUUUCUUAUGUCAAGUCUCCCAAGCACGGAGAGUUUGGUCUUCCUCGGUUUUGGACCUGCUUGAAUUACAACGAGUACUAUGCAUGAUUUUGGUAAUCUUAAAGCUCUUCGUAGACGAAUGAUUAGAAAGUCCCGAGAUACUAAACAGAUCACAACCAUUCUGGGAAUUUAUAACCGUGGCUCAAUGUCAUUCUUGCUCGUUCCCUGUCUGGUUGCAUGUGAAGUUGAGUUACCGUUGGAUGCAACAUGCUUGACAUUUCAAGUAUGCAACCAUUGAAGAUGGUAGGAAUUUGUUUCUCUAUAUUUAUAAUCUUUAAAUUUGAGGCUAAAGUGAAAUUUAGUAACUGUUAUCUUGCAUAAGUUGUAAAGUCCGGUUUCACGAUUGAUUUUGUUGUGUUGGAUGCAAGUUUUUAAAUGUAAAUAGCCAAUUUUGUGAUUC